AUGAGCAUGGCAGAGACAACACCAAAAGCUAAUCAAACGACCAGCAGCCACCCUUCCUUUCCUCAGAGAUUAUACAACGUGCUGCAAUUCUGUGAAGAUAACGAUCAGGAACACAUCUUAUCAUGGAUGAAUGAUGCGACAGCCUUCAAAGUACACGAUGUAGAACAAUUUGAACGUGAACUGCUUCCCAACAACUUCAAUACGCAGAAAUAUGCUAGCUUUACGCGAGCAUUGUGUUCCUAUGGAUUUGGUUGUGUCAGCAGAGGAAGCCAUGCCGGGAUUUACUCGCACCCUCAGUUUAUUCGGAACGAACCGGAGGCUGUGUCUCUGAUAAAGAGACAGAAGAAAGCGAAAACAGCGAAUAAUCGUGGAUCAACAAAUCGAAGGCACGGUUCAUCAUUGCGGCAUGGAGAGCAAUCGAUUUUGCUUCCAUCCCUUCCAGACAAUAACCGAUCUCGCCUGAAUGAAGAUGAGAAUGAAUCAGUUUUUCGUCAGCUGUACCAAACGAUUCGGUCUCAAAUGACCGAUGGAGCAACAUAUGUGCUUAUCCGUCUUCCACCAGGGUCACAGCUCAUCAGCUCAGACGAAAGUGACAAUGACAGUUCGGAUGGGCCAAUCACGCCAUCUCCGUCAGCUGUACCUUCUAUUUCCUACAACAUGUCUUCAGACAACAAUAGGGAAACCUUAGACCAGCAAAACCAACAGGAGCAUACCGAUCAGAAUUUGGAUUCAAUCUUCGAUGAUUAUGAUGAUGAUUUCGAGCCUGUACCCUUGCCAGCGCACGUUUCAUCACAGAGCACACUUGAUCAUUUCGAAGAUGAGGCAUCCCAAAGUUCAAUGGAGCCAAGAAGCAUUCAAGAGAUGAAAAGGAAUCCAGACGAUUUCAAUGCAUUUUACAACAUGUUACCAUUGUUUCCACAGCCGAGGUACCAAGCCCUGUACGACUUUUCAUCUCCAGUUGUUUUACCUUGUCUUUUCUACUGGAUGGAUAUUUCAUCAUUUGGAAUGUGCUGGGCAAUGUUCCUCAUUGUUGGGCAUACCAUUCAAGCCUUAUUUACUGCCUUUGGACCAAACACGCAAGACUUGGUUUUGAGUCCGAAGAUCAGCAUGCUGAAGCAUGUUUUCAUGGACAUUAUGUGGACGCAUUCUCUCCUUUCGACAAUGGUAUUAGUUCCAGAAUACUUUGGGUCAUCGAGUGUAAUGCUGGCCAUUACCUUUAUCAGCAUCCUACCACCCUUUCUUGCCACUAGUCUAAAGACGCACUAUCACAACCAAAAGGACGUGCCUUUUGUUCACGGAGAAUGGUGGAUUGCAGAUAUCCUAAGAUGGAUCUUCGCUGGGUACUUCAUUGCUAUGAUGUGCAUUUGCUUGGGACAUUAUUCCCAAAUUGCGUUUUUAAAGGUGAUUGGAACCUUCGCACUGAACUUGACUCCAUUAUUCGCAUGCGAAUCGUACAGACUGCUGCUUUCAAUUCCUGCAAGAUUGGAAGCUGAGAAUGGCGAUAAGAAAUACAAAUAG